CACGUGAUCACUCACAGUCCAAGGAGCACCACACAUGGCGACUGAAGGAACUGAAGCCAAGGGGGAGACGGUGCUGGUCACCGGCGCCAGCGGCUUCAUCGGCUCCUGGCUCGUCCGCCUCCUCCUCGCCCGCGGCUACUCCAUCCACGCCGCCGUCCUCAACCCCGAUGACAAGGCCGAGACGGACCACCUCCUCGCGCUCGCCGCUGCGGCCGGCGACAAGGACCGCAUCCGCUUCUUCCGGUGCGACCUACUCGACGGCGCCGCCAUGCUCGCCGCCGUCCGGGGCUGCUCUGGCGUGUUCCACCUCGCCUCUCCCUGCACUGUCGACCUCGUCCUCGACCCCCAGAAGGAGCUGGUGGUGCCGGCGGUAGAGGGGACGCUCAACGUGCUGCGCGCCGCCAAGGAAGCCGGGGGAGUGCGGCGGGUGGUGGUCACCUCCUCCGUCUCCGCCCUCGUCCCCUGCCCGGGGUGGCCGGCCGGCGAGGUCCUCGACGAGCGCUGCUGGACCGACAUCGACUACUGCGACAAGAACGGGGUUUGGUACCCUGCUUCAAAGGCGCUCGCGGAAAAGGCAGCAUGGAAAUUUGCAGAGGAGAAUGGACUGGAUGUGGUGACGGUCAAUCCGGGCACUGUUUUGGGCGAGAUGAUUCCGCCAAAAAUCAAUGCCAGUAUGGCCAUGUUUCUUCGCUUACUUGAAGGUUGCACAGAGGAGUAUGCAGAUUUCUUCAUCGGGCCAGUGCAUGUGGAAGACGUCGCACUAGCCCAUAUUCUGCUGUACGAGAACCCAUCGGCAUCCGGGAGGCACCUCUGCGUGGAGCCCAUCUGUCACUGGAGCGAUUUCUCGGCGAAAGUCGGCGAGCUCUACCCUGACUACAAAGUCCACAAAUUUCCUGAGGACACGCAGCCUGGGCUAGUGAGAGCGGAGGCGGUGCCGAAGAAGCUAAUGGCGCUAGGUCUGCAGUUCAGUCCCUUGGAGAAGAUCAUCAGGGACUCUGUAGAGAGCCUCCGGAGGAGAGGAUGCAUCGCUUGAUGGUUGGAUCACUACCUGUAUCUCCUUCUGUUGUAGGUUCAUGAUCAUCCUUACUCAGAGAUGUGUGUUGUGCCCAGCCGAAUGCCUACGUGGAUGUUACUAUUAUGCAAUAACGACUGGUUGACCUACUA